AUGAAGCUCCUCGCCUUGGCCGUCUUUGCGGCACUGUUCGCCAUCGCGACGUGCCAGGUCUACUACCCCUUGGACUCCGACCCCGAUAAGCCCCAGUGGCCGUCGACCUAUUCGGCCACUGUGGAGUGGCGGUCCAACCACCACCCCCACCACAAGUUCUUCCGCAUGUUCUGGGACGAGAAGAACUGCAGGGCACGCGUAGGCGGCAUGGUGAAGUGGAAGGGCAAGCACUACAAGAUGGAGGCCCUUUACUAUGGCAAGAAGAACGCGGCAUACUACAUCUUCUACGAGCGCGACCAGGUCAAGUGUUUCACGAUGGACCUCAAGAACAAGACCAUCAAAGGCUUGGACCUCUCCGAUGCCGACUACAAGGGGAUGGCUCUGGUGGAGUACCACCCGGUGUACCACUGGGAGAAGGACAUAGAGACCAAGGGGGACGACAAGAAGAAGGCCCACAUCAGGGUCUUUGACACCCAGGAGGACCGUGAGAUCAAGAAGCUGGACUACAGCAUGCACGACGAAAACAAGAUCGGCAGCAUGCUGUUCCACGAGGUGAACUACGGGCCGCAGGCCGACUCGCUGUUCAAGAUCCCCAAGCUCGUCAUGGAACAGUGCACCGAGAAGCUCGAGGACGUCGACAUCUACGACAUCACCGACCCCGUCGCCCUCCUCGCCCAGAUUCCCCACUGA